AUGAUCCUCAAGCAAAGUAUCUUCUGCGCAAUCAGUGCCGGAUUGUUAGCUAGCCCUGUAUUCUGCGAGGAUACAUUUACCCCUGUGGGCGUUGCGGUUGGCGAUCAACCUGAACUGAGCACCAACGAUUUCGCUACAUUUGCUCUCGAUCCACAGUCGCCUCUGGCAACUGUCGAUUAUGGCGCAGAGCGCGCAGGAUAUCCCUUCCUCGUCGUUUCGUCCCUCACGCAGCCUGUCCAACUUGAAGUGAAGUAUAGUGAAGAAUUCAACGGGCUAGACCACCCUUUCAGUGAUGGCCCCUACUCAUUCUCUAACCAACUGGGGAACUCCUUCCGCGUCGAGACGUUCAAUAUCACCAGGACCGGGAGGGUCACGUCGUCCUUAAUUCAGGGUGGGCAAAGGUGGCAGUCUAUUCGCCUGCUGACCAGUGGGACUGUCACACUAUCUCAGGUUGGCUUCGACGCGACAAUCGACACAGUGGAGCCAGAGGAUCUACCUGGGCAAUUCACCUGCGAUGAUGAGGUCUUGAAUGAGAUUUGGAAGCUAGGUGCGAGGGCUGCUACAGCCGCCUGCGUUGAUAAACAGUCUCAGAAGGCAAUCUGGGAAGUUGACCCGGUAAAUGGCGUAUAUGCGCGCAGUGUGCGCCCAUCCCUGUCAGUCAACGGAACUGCAUUGGCCAAUUACACCCUAGAAUUUGAAACCAUGAUCCAGAAAGGGGGCAGUUGGUGGUCUGUUGCAUCACCCAUGGCUGGUAACGCAUACACCAUGUUGCUAACCGGCGAGCUUCCGGAAGCCAGCCGCCUGGCAAAUGUGAACACCACACUAACACCGCCCAACACCAUUUCGCUUGCCUACGGGGUGGACUUUGUCAAUCAGACCACCCUCACAACAUGGGUGUUAGAUGUGUUCGAGGUGCCAUUCCCCGUGCGCGAAAACACCUGGCACAGAGUGUCCGUCUCACUGUCACCCAGUGGCUAUCUCUCAGCCUCGUUGAACAAUACACUAAUCUUCAACAUCUCACAGGCCGCAUAUCCGCUGGCAACCGGGCAGUUCUCAGGGUCCUUUGGCUUUGGUGCGUACCAGGACCAUGCGGCGUACUUCAGAGACGCGAGCGUCUAUGAUACUGAGAGUGGGUCUACCUUAUACACAAAUUCACUGACGACUGAGGAUGUUCUCGUCGAGUAUGGCACCCAGGCAAAUCAAGAGAGUCUCUGUUUGGACGGCCCAAAGCGCGACCGACUGGUAUGGCUAGGGGACUUCAUCCAUACGGCGCGAAUUCUCGGUGUCAGCACAUCCAGAAUCGAUCACGCUCGAGGGACAUUGCAGUACCUGUUAGACUCGCAGAUUGAGGAUGGCGAGCUUGCUAUCUCUCCCAACAUCGGCUACAAUAUGAAAGCCUCGCCUGACGCGUUUGCACCAACUGGCUCCUACUACCUGUCGGACUACCAGCUCUUGGGGUUGAUUUCCUUUCAUGACUUUGUACAGUGGAGUGGUGACCUCUCUUGGGCAAACCAGACAUGGCCGAAAUGGCAAAAGCAGAUUGACUGGAUAAUUGGGAAAGUCAACCAUACCACUGGUCUUAUCUCUUUCAACGCCGGCGCCUUUAUAGGCCCUCAAGAUGGUGGAUCUGCCGUCGCUUGUGCCGGUGUGCAAGCGCUGACUGGCGCUGCCGAAGUGGCCACUGCGCUGGGAGAUACCAAGUCGGCUUCUCGCUACCAGCAGGUCGCAGCGUCCAUCGCAAAUGCCGUCAACAGGCAUCUCUGGAACGGUCAAUUGGGGGCAUACAGCUCCUCCCGGGAUGACGUUGGCAACUUCUCUGUCAGUGGUACAGCAUUCUGCAUCAGCUCGGGGGUGGCGUCUGCUAAUCAGACUGCACGCGCCUUGGCUACCCUGUCACGGCUGCGUCUGGGACCUGGCUACAAAGACUCCUCUGAUGUGUCUGAUUCGGAUCCCACGGUCAAUAUCUCCCCAAACACUAAUGGCUUCCUUCUUCCAGCUCUAUUUCAGGCCAAUGCUCCAAGCCUGGGUCUCGAGCUAAUUAAGAAGCUCUGGAGCGUGAUGCUUCCCCUCAAUGAAUCACAAAAUCGGACUGCGGUGGGAACAAGCUGGGAAUAUGUCAACUCUCAAACACAGCAACCGGGACUGGGCCUUUUCACCAGUCUCAGCCACCCUUGGGGUGGAGCACCAACAUAUAUCUUGACCGAGUGGGCCGCAGGAGUGCGCCCUGCCCCGGGACCCGACGGGUUCGGAUACCGCAAGUGGAUCAUUGCACCGGAAACGGGCUUCCAGAUAGGCUUGAAGAGGGCCCAGGCUAAGGUUGUUACUGCCUUUGACGGGCCACUAAGCGUUGAGUGGCAUGUACAGGGUGGUAAGCUUUAUGCGAACAUCAUGGCACCCACUUCUACUGAGGGACAAUUUGUCUUUCGGGGGAGGACUAUCAAGCUCUCUGGUCAAGCUUCUUAUAAUUUCUCUGUGAGCGUUCACUAA